AUGAAGGUUUAUAUUGCUGCUGUUGCAGGGUAUAUUCCCCAUGAAAUGGUCAAAGCUCUCUCAUCCUUCACGCACCUAUGUUAUAUUGCUCGCAAAAAUGAAAUUAACACCCAUGACCUUGACCAGUUCUACCAGUACCUCCAAGCCUACCAUAAAUAUAGGGCUGCUUUUAUCACCUAUGGAACCCGUGAAACCAUCUCCCUCCCUCGACAACAUUCUCUAGUUCAUUAUGAAGAAUCAAUUCGUCAAUUUGGUUCACCAAAUGGUCUCUGUUCCUCGAUUACAGAAUCAAAGCAUAUCAAGGCUGUCAAGGAGCCCUGGUGA